UAUCGUUUUCACUUUUCGCUCAACCUCUGGAUUUCCCUGAUAAUUUUACCUUUACUUGCAUUCGAUCGAGCUAAGGUCGGUGAGAUGAGAUUGCUGAUGUUAAAGCUGCAGAGUAACUCGCUGCGUUGAGCUGUAGAAAGGUGGAUUGUAAAUACCGCAAAUCGACCAACUAUCGCUCGAUAUUCAACAUGUCUGCUCUCUCCUAAAGAACACUUCAAAUUCUAAUGUUCCUUUACAAUCUAGCCUACCAGAAGAUGCUUCUCGACGAUUUGGUCUGUUGGAAACAAUUCGAGAAAUCAAUUCUGAAAACCCUAAAGUGCCGCGAAUGGCAUCUCGAUGGGCAUCUAUUAGGAUAAUGAAAUAUCUAAAAUUUUGUUUGUCUAAAAACAUUUCGCAUCUUUGCCACCAAAGUGACAUGUUCUGCGUCAAAUGAAAAGCGCUGCUGCUCCUACUGCAAAGCCUCAAAACCCAUCCAAGUAACUCAUGGGCGUGCUCUUGGGCCCCAAAAACUGUGCUGCUCUUUUCUGCUCUCCUAAUGUUUCGAGGGAAAUAAGACUGUCCAAACGGGGGAGUGCGAUGUGGCAAACAAUAGGAAGAGAGAGAGAGAGAGAGAGAGAGAGAGAGAGAGAAAGAAGGAAAAAGAGAGAUAGAAACAGAAGUAAGAAUGAAAACAAUUCCAACAGAUAUUUGGCUUACUAGAUUAACAAGUGUUAUCGAUGUUCCACAAGCAAAGAGGCGCAAGGAUCCGACGGCGCCAGGACCCUUUAGCAAUUGAAGGAAGAAGAAAAAGAACUAGAGUGCACCGUAGCGGCCACACCAGGCACCGAUACGGUGGUGGUGUUGGGCAACACCGAAUUUCCGAACAGUUUGCGCGCGCGCGCGCGCGCUGAAAACAAAGCGUUUUGAUAUCCAUGUAAAGCAAAGAAGGAAGGAAGCUAACAAAAUUAUACCGAAAACACAAUGCAAGCAAGCGAAUGUUUCGAAGUAGCGGACUUGACGAAUACAAGAUGGCGCGUGCGCACAAGUGACAAGUUAGCCAACAACAGUGUGAUUUUAUAUACAAAACAAAAGAAUGAUGCAUCAAAAU